GUCUAUUACGACAAUUUUGUCGUCACAUUGGUACAGAAAUCCAGAACACCAGUUCAUGUUUGCUCUCUCGAACCGAAUCUUGCAAGAGAAGAAGAAGAAGAAGAAAGCUGGCAAGUGGGAAUUGGGGACUCGCUGAUCAUUUCCUUGAAGAAGCACCAGAGAACAUUUUAUUUCAUGAAUACAGUUUUCAACCAUCUUGCUUGGGAACCGAUCAUAUGCAUUAGAGAAUCUUCUCUCUGCAUUGCGUCAUUGCGAGGAAACUCGAAUCAGUGAAUGAAUGCUCUCGAGGGAGAUCGAGAAGAGCAGGACUAAUUCCGCUUCACUUGUGCAUCCCUCUUCUUCGAGGAAAGAUAGAAACGAGGCAGCUGAGGUGUCUGCUGAGCUAUGACAGAACAGUACAGUUGAACCUCAGGAUCUGUAGAGAGCACAGUGUUUCAGCACUCUGUGAAAUUUCGCUAUUCCAGGCCUCUCGAAUGCAAGGGAUGGAAAGCCUGACAAGUCCCUCACGCCAUCUCAACACCUGGUCCACAUCUACUCGGAAGUUGGACGGAAGAAUCCACAGAAUUGAGUACAAGUGUGGAUUUGCACCAACCCAGACUCAGUGAGUGAGUAUACGGAGGACCAUGUCAACAGGGUCCCAUUGGCCCAACCGCAAUGAUCUUGGAAUAUAUCUGAAGGACCGAUUCAAGUCUUAUGAUUGAAUAUUACAGCAUCUGAAGACCGAGGACAUUGUUAUGAUGACUUGGUGGAAUCCAUGGAGACAUCGAGAAGAAGGGCGUGGAUGCAGGGUUGAAGGAAACGGUGACCGAGCACGUUUAGUGGCAGAGUGUGUAGCCUCCCCUUGGAUUCUAGCUCAGGAUGGCUCAGGAUGGCUCAAAAGUCAUGAAAACACCGAGACCCGGGCCGUAGGCAUGGGCCCUGCGGAGCCCAUCGUGUCACUCAUGUUUUCCUCGGGCCUUUGAAGCUUAUAUAUGAGAAGGUGCAUUCCAAGCUCUGACCAUUCUCAAAAUCAGCACGAAUUUGUCGUACACGUCUCUCACGUUACAUACUACUUCCAUUCGAUCCAAUUCCACGAAGUGAGUGUGCCGAUCGGUUGUUGUUCGAGAAUGGCGUCAGCUUUCGAUCUGAGUGUUGAAAUGGCCGUGCCUGCUUCACGUCUAUGGAAAGCUUUGAAACAAUUCCACGAGGUUUUUCCUCAUCUCGCCCCCGGAACAGGAGACACCAUGGAAACUGUUGAAGGCAAGGCUGGGCAACCGGGAUCGAUCACUCUCAUCACUUUUGGAGGAGUCAAGGGCGCCCCAGACGGAGCAUAUGCCAAGGAGAAACUCAUAAGCUUGGAUGACGAAGCUAUGACUCUUUCGUCUUCGGAGGUGGCGGGAGGGCACCUCGUUCUGGGCUUCACGAAGUGGGGAAGCUCGACGAAGCUCACCCCGAUCGGGGACAAGAAGGUGAGGCUGGAGAUCAGAGUUGAGUACGAGGGCGACGGGGGCCCAGUCUGCGACAUGGCUGUCGAGCAAGCAAAGGAAGGAAUGCCGCAAAUGUUCAGAGCAGUCGAGGCAUAUCUACUUUCCAACAGACUUUUCUGCUGAAGACAAGACAGUGAUUGACAUUUCGACCCACUCGAGUUGCCUCGGCCACUCGUGUACCUGCUGCUGCUGCUGCUGCUGUAUGAAUGGCGCCGCAGUCAUGUGUAAUCACCCAAAGUUCAUAUCGGCGAGGGAGGGCAUGGAGAGAUUGAAGCUAGCUUCGUCGUACCUGCGAGCAUGUGAUUAAAGAUGUAGAUGUUCAACUAAUAUUACUGCCGGCCAAAGCUUGACGUCAGUCGACAUAGAGAGGAGAAUCGUGUACAGAUGUAAAAUGUGAAGAAGAAAGGAGAAAUGCCUCGAUUUUUGUGUAUCAUUCAUUCAGUCAGUCAUUCAUUGCU